AUGGCCGCCCCUUCGCCGCUCGCGCAAUCCCACCGCCCUCCCCGCUCCGACAUCGACAGCGACUCGGAGGACGACUCGCCCGCCCAGGGAACGAGCCAGGUCAGCAACAACGCCGUUCAGACCGUCGCCAGCAAGCUCGCAGAGCUCGCCCUCAUCGAGGAGGUCGACGUCGACCUCGAGAACCUGCAUGCUCUCUCGCCAGAGGUCAUCUCGAAGCAGGCCACCAUCAACAUCGGUACCAUCGGUCACGUCGCGCACGGAAAGUCCCAAACGGUCAAGGCCAUCUCGGGUGUCCACACUGUCCGAUUCAAGAACGAGCUUGAGCGAAACAUCACGAUCAAGCUCGGUUACGCCAACGCAAAGAUCUACCAGUGCCAGAACCCCAAGUGCGAGCGACCAGGCUCGUACCGGUCGUACAGCUCGGACAAGGAGGAUGAGCCGCCUUGCGAGGUUCCCGGGUGCGGUGGAAAGAUGAAGCUCCUGCGACACGUCUCGUUCGUCGAUUGCCCCGGACACGACAUUCUCAUGGCUACCAUGCUGAACGGUGCCGCCGUCAUGGACGCCGCCCUACUCCUCAUCGCCGCGAACGAGACUUGCCCUCAGCCUCAAACGUCCGAACACUUGGCCGCCAUCGAGAUCAUGAAGCUCAAGCACAUCCUCGUCCUCCAGAACAAGGUCGACCUCAUCCGCGAACAGCAAGCAGACGAGCACUACCAGCAGAUCACCCAAUUCGUCAAGGGAACCGUCGCAGACGGCGCACCCAUCAUCCCCAUCUCGGCUCAGCUGCGGUACAACAUCGACGCGCUUGUCGAGUACAUUGCGACAAAGAUCCCUGUUCCCGUUCGCGACUUCACCACCGCACCGAAGCUCAUCGUGAUCCGUUCCUUCGACGUCAACAAGCCCGGUGCCGAGGUCCACGAGCUCAAGGGUGGUGUCGCGGGUGGUUCGCUCCUUAACGGUGUCCUCAAGUUGGGCCAGGAGAUCGAGGUUCGACCGGGUGUCGUCUCGAAGGACGCCGAGGGCAAGAUCCACUGCAAGCCUAUCCGCAGCAAGAUCGUCUCGCUCCUCGCCGAGAAGAAUGAGCUCAAGUUCGCUGUUCCCGGUGGUCUUAUCGGUGUCGGUACUCUCAUCGACCCGCAACUCACUCGUGGUGACCGUCUCGUCGGCCAAGUCCUCGGUUCCAAGGGCUCCCUUCCCUCCAUCUACACCGAGAUCGAGAUCUCGUACUUCUUGCUCCGUCGCUUGCUCGGUGUCAAGUCGGACGACAAGAAGCAGACCAAGGUUGCCAAGCUUGCGAAGAACGAGAUCUUGAUGGUCAACAUUGGUUCGACGUCGGAGGGUGGUCGUGUUGUGUCCGUGAAGGCCGACUUGGCGCGCGUCAUCCUCAACACCCCUGCGGCAUGCUCGAUGGGCGAGAAGGUUGCGCUGAGUCGUCGUAUCGAGAAGCAUUGGCGCUUGAUCGGCUGGGGCGCGGUGCGUCGCGGUGUCGAGUAUCAGGUCGACGACGAGUAG